CUUCAACGUGACGUGACCUACUUAGAGACUUUGGACUCGCAGAUUAUAUUGGCGAAUUAUAUUUAAUAUUUAUAUUAAAUAAAGUCCAUUCUCUGUUGCAAUGGCGUAGCAUAAUACAAAUAAAUAUCAGUCUAUUUAAUUGCGUUGUCCUCGUUUGUAAAUAACCAUGUACAACCCUGCAGUAACUGUUAGGCGAAUCGAUGUUUUGAUUCGUAUUUUACGCGGUCGAAAUGCGAUUUUAAGUGCAAAUCCUGUCCGAGGCUACUCUAGUGAAGGAAAAGUGACUAUUGGAGAUGUUAGUAAAGAGAUUAAAACUCCUAAGAAGAUUGAAUAUGUGCCCAGGAAAUAUUUGGCGGUGGAGAACUCUGAAUUGAAGUAUUUGUCUCAGAGCAGCUUAAGAAAUCUAAGAUGGAUGAUGCAGAAAGAUUCACUGGGGCAGGAUAUGUUUCUGUUAGGGAGACCUGGACCUGGCCGGAGAAAAGUAGCUUUACAAUAUUUGGAGCUAACUCAGAGAGAGCUUGAAUAUGUGGCACUGUCACGGGACACCACGGAGGCGGACUUAAAGCAGAGAAGAGAAAUACAACAGUCAACCGCUAAAUACUUUGAUCAGAGCGCCGUCCGCGCAGCAGUCGAAGGUCGUGUGCUGGUGCUGGAAGGCAUAGAGAAGGCAGAGCGCAACGUGUUGCCAGUGCUGAAUAACUUGUUGGAGAACAGAGAGAUGCACCUCGAGGAUGGCAGGUUUUUAGUGCCUGCCGCCAGAUAUGACAAGUUAUUAAAGGAACAUGGUGAAGAAGAAUUAUCAAAAUGGCGGCUAGUCCGAGUCGACGAAAACUUCCGCGUGAUUGCACUAGGCUUGCCAGUGCCGCGGUACAGCGGGCAGCCUUUGGACCCUCCGCUACGCUCGCGUUUCCAAGCGAGGGACGUCGUCACCAUCGGUUUUGGGGAGCACCUCAACACAUUGAAAGACGAAGCUCCAAAAGUAGACCAGGCUAAAUUGGAGCAGCUACUGUCAGCCGCGUACGCUCUCAUCAGUCCAGAGUUACAGCAAGUCAGUCUGCCUGACUUUCCCGUGGAUAGCCUGCAUGCUGCUGCACUUAUUCUGGAAAAAAACCCAAGCAUUCCGAUCCAUAAGCUAAUCUACCUACUCUACCCCUACAAAACCUUCCUAACCAAGGAACACAUCAAAAACGCCGAAGCUGUAUUACUCAACCUCAAAAUAGACACCGCACCUCAAUGGAGCAUAUCCCUCAAAGAUAUACAGUUCAAGGAAAAUGCCUUGUUGACUAUGGAUAUUAAUGGGGUUACGAGUCAGUUUGCCGUGCCGUGUGGUGAGGGGAAGAAGGGGAGAGAAGAGAAAGGGGUGGUGAAGACUGCUUUUCAGAGUGAGCUGCUUAAUGAGCUGCUUUUGAGCCAUAGUGUUGGGGAUUUUUGUAUAGUAGGUCCAAAAGGCUGCGGUAAGAGCCUGCUCGUCACGCAACUUUCAUCCCUGCUGGGCUACACAAUUGAGCCCAUAGUGCUAUACCAAGACAUGACAGCACGGGAUUUAGUACAACAGCGUACUACAUUAGACAACGGGGACACUGUAUGGAGAAACUCGGCUUUGGUUGAUGCGGCCCUAAAGGGGCAUCUAGCUGUGUUAGAUGGUCUGCAUAGGAUACAUGCGAGUACUCUGGCUGUUUUACACAGACUGGUACACGACAGGGAGCUGCAACUGCACGACGGCAAGCGAUUACUGCGCCACGACCGAUACGAUGACCUCAUUGCUUCAGGAAUAACGCAGCAGGAGUUGGAGGAGAGCGGCGUUUUAAGAAUACAUCCCGCUUUUAGAAUAGUGGCGUUAGCAGAGCCACCAACGCUCGGCCGCGGGCCGCACUGGCUCUCCCCUGAGAUACUGAGCUUGUUCAUUUUCCACGAGAUGAGGAACCUGAGCAAGAACGAAGAGAUAUUCAUUAUCAACUCAUUAUACGGCGACAUCUCCCAACCUCUACAUUCCAUCAUCAACCUGGCCGACGAACUCCGAUCAUCCGACGAUGCCACCCUCAAAAACCUUUCUUCAUCCCUCUCCACCCGCCAACUGCUCCGCAUAGCCAGCCGCAUGGCUUCAUACCCUACUGACUCCGCUUACGAAACUGUCCAAAGAACAUUCCUAGCGAAAUUCCUCCCUAACUUAGCUAGACGAGCGCUAGAUGGCGCUUGCACAAGAAUUGGUAUUGAUCCACCAAGAAAAUUCGGCUUAUUUGGCGGCACUGAGAAAAAAGUCAGCUGCUCCGUCAAAAAUGGCGUCGUAACUAUAGGAAACACUAGCACAGAAGUCUUCAAAACGAACGCCUUAACCAAAGUACCUGAUAUACUCUUCUAUGACGUACCCCAACACGUGAGACUCCUCGAAUGGCUACUACAAGAUUUCCUACUUGGAAACCAUUUGUUAUUAGUAGGAAACCAAGGCGUUGGUAAAAAUAAAAUCGCUGAUAGGUUACUGCAGUUGUUGAACCGGCCUAGAGAAUACAUACAGUUGCACAGAGAUACAACUGUUCAGUCAUUGACAGUUCAACCGACGGUUCAAGAUGGCGUCGUUGUGUAUGAGGAUUCUCCGUUAGUAAAGGCUGUCAAACAUGGGCACGUUUUAGUUGUUGACGAGGCUGAUAAAGCGCCCACACAUGUGACAUGUAUUCUUAAAACUCUAGUUGAAAAUGGAGAGAUGAUAUUGAGUGAUGGGAGAAGGAUAGUGCCGAAGGAUAUGAUGGAAAGUUCUGGAGGGGAUGCGGCGAGUUUUAUUCCAGUGCACGAAGAUUUUAGAAUGAUAGUGUUGGCCAACCGACCUGGUUUCCCGUUCUUGGGGAAUGAUUUCUUUGCUGCAUUGGGUGAUCUGUUCUCCUGCCACGCCGUGGACAACCCCUCCGUGGAAUCCGAGUUGGAACUCCUUCGCUCCUACGGCCCUGAUGUCCCACAUGAUGUCAUGAACAAGCUGGUCCAAGCCUUCGCUGUUCUGAGGAACAUGGCUGAUCAGGGACAGCUCACUUAUCCCUACUCGACGAGGGAACUCGUGAAUAUUGUCAAACAUCUGCAGAAAUAUCCAUCAGAAGACUUAGCAAGCGCUAUAAGCAACGUAUUCGACUUCGAUCGCUACAGCAAGGAAAUGGCGGAUACCCUUCUCGAAGUUCUUCACGCCAGCGGUCUCCCCACCGAAGGAGUACUGGAAGGUCGCUCUAAAGAAGCUCUGAAGAAGAUACAGAUGACUAUUGAGAGGACAAGUGGUAAAGACACAUCAUCGCCGAAGCACGGCAAAGAGGACCCGGACAACAAGCCUCAUGUGGGCGGGAACACUUGGGCGGGCGGCACGGGAGGGCGCGAUACAGCAGGUCUGGGCGGCAAGGGCGGGCCGUACCGGCUGGACAAGGGCCAUGACGUCCAUCAGUUAUCAGACGCGGAGAAAGACGAUGUACCGGAGCACGUGAACCAGGCGGCUCGCGAGAUGAACAGGAAAGCCUUCGAAGAGCGGCUGAAGGAGAUCAACAUCAGCGAAUAUGAUGCUAAACUAUAUGAGCAGUUUUAUAAGGCUGUACAACCUCAGAUUGGCGCUCUCCGCGGAGUGUUGGCGGAGUUGCAGGCGAAGAAGAAAGAGCGACAGUGGAGCCGGCAUCAGACCAGCGGGGAACUAGAUGAUGGGAAAAUCAUAGAAGGCCUAACAGGCGAGCGCGCCAUCUAUCGGCGGCGGACGGAACAAGAGCCUCCGCCGGGCGCGCCGCCCGAAAAGCCGAAGCGUCUGCGAUUGGUUCUAGAUGUCUCUGGAAGCAUGUACAGAUUCAAUUCGUAUGACGGGCGUCUAGAACGUUCAAUGGAGGCCGUAGUACUCCUAACUGAGGCCAUGAAGGGUUACGAGACACGCAUCAGAUACGACAUCUACGCGCACUCUGGUGAAGAAAAAGCACUGGAGCUCGUUAGGGUGGACCGUCCACCUGAGAACGAGAAACAGCGAUUGCAGAUCAUACGGACUAUGCACGCGCACGCGCAGUUCUGCUGGUCGGGCGACAACACCCUGCCCGGAGCCCAGCACGCCAUAACUACUCUCGCGGCCGAAAAUAAUGAGGAGGACUCCGUUGUGCUCAUACUUUCUGAUGCCAAUCUGAGGAGAUACGGCAUCCCGCCCGAGCACUUGGGCGCCAUCUUGAUGUCGGAGCCCAAAGUGCAGGCGCACGUUAUAUUCAUCGGCAGUCUUGGCGACGAGGCCAACUCCCUUUUGCGCAAGCUGCCAGUAGGCCACGCCCACGUGUGUAUGGACGUGGCGUCGUUGCCGCACAUCAUGCAGCAGAUAUUCGCCGCCUCGCUACUGGACAACGCCGAAUAGAAAUUUGCUCUGAACAGUAAAAGCGCCGGCCAAGAACAGAAGACUGUUUUAACCCUAUGAACGUCAAAGAUGUUAGCGAACACGUAUGGCUGCAACCUAAUCUCAACCUUCGUACGUUCCGACAAGGUUCACGAAGACACGCCGCGCUCGAUAGGCGUGACAUUGAUGCAUCAAGGCGGUUUGUUUACAUUUACCCUUAAACUUUCCAUCCCCCCUCAUCGCACCGGUUUCCUGACCAACUCCUAUACUGUUCAGGCGAUACGCCUGUGGAACGACCUUCCACUCAAUAUCAGAAAAGUUCAAAGUAAAUUAACUUUCAAGCGCAUGUUGCGCAACCAUUUAUGACAGAUGUAUGUAGUGUUUCACAGUAGGUACAUGUAUAAUGUAUACAUAUUAUAUAUGUAGAUAUUUAUGUAAGUAUAUCAUACAACGGUCUGGCCUAGAGGGUAGUGACCCUGCCUAUGAAGCUGAUGGUCCCGGGUUCAAAUCCUGGUAAGGGCAUUUAUUCGUGUGAUGAGCAUGGAUAUUUGUUCCUUAGUCAUGGGUGUUUUCUAUGUCUUUUUAAUAAUUUACAUAUUAUAUGUAUCGUUGUCUAAGUACCCUUAACACAAGCCUUAUUGAGCUUACUGUGGGACUUAGUCAAUUUGUGUAAUAACUAAUAAUGUCCUAUAAUAUUUAUUUAUUUAUUUAUAUGUUUAAGUUUAUGAUUUCAUUAUAUUAUAUUAAUUAGUAUUAAAUUUGUAAAUAUCGGUUAAUUAUUCUCAAGUACACCUAACCCCUGCCUGCACCUAACAAACAUCUGGUCUCGUUCGUCCAUCUCUUUUUGACCCGGUGGUUGACUGGUAGAGAAUGCCUUAAGGCAUUAACUCCACCAUAUUUACUUAAAAUUUUAUGUGCAAUAAAGUAUAAAUAAAUUUACAGAGGCCUACUGCGAACCGCGAAAAUCAGAAAUGUAGAUAACGAAAUUUCGAUUUUCAUGUAUCGCGGUAGGCCCUCAGUAUGUGCUAGUGGCGCCCCCUACGUAGAGUUCUACGUGAUGUCCCCUAUUAAGCCUGUAAUUGGAGGUAUAGUUUCCUGGUUAUCACAAAUGUGAACAAAAACCCAUAUACUAAAUAAGUUUGGAUUGAAGUUUUCUAUUAAUAUAAUAAUCACUCAAACGGCAAGCUCCCGGGCGCAAGCGAGCUAAUGUGAACCUUAUUCGAAAGUGUGAAGGUUACUUUGACAGCGUCCGCCAUAACACCUAUAGUUGUCCUUGGCACUGUGGGCACGACAAGUUACGACGCCUUUAGGGGUUCUUGGCGUUCAAAGGGUUAAGGCGUGAGGGAUCCAUUCUUUAUCCAUAGACGGACCUUAGGGUACCUAAAGGUAAAUGGUUUUACGAUCAUAAUUUUGGAUUGGUGUACCUAACUUGAAUAAAUGCUACCUCACUGUAAACCAUGUUUGCUUGUACAUAAGUAUACCUUUAGUGUAAGCUAUAAUGUAUAUUUUGUUACCUUUUAUGAUGUUAUUAAUAUUUUAUAAUAUGUGACGUUAUUAAAUCGAUGUAUUUAAAACUA